CAAAAUACUAAUCGCGUAGAUAUAUAAUUGGGGCUUGGAGGCAAUAUCAAUACCAACACCAAAAUCUAUUCCUAAAAAUCACAACUAACUCAAACCCUAAUUCCUCAUUUGCCUACCUAUGAACUUUGUAAAUCGCAAUGGACGUCAGAUCCAAUAUUGCAAGGCUGCGAAGAAAUUAAACUUGUUGCAUCUUCCGGACGACCUCACUGUAAUGAUCAUUGGGAAACUUACCGCAUUCGAGAUCUUAACCAGUGCUCAGUUCGUGUGCCGUAGAUGGCGGAGAAUCUGCAAGGAUCCGCUCAUGUGGCGCACCAUCAAUAUGUGCGACAUUCGGAUUCGCAAUGCGGUGGAAUAUAAAUUGGUGGAGAAGAUGUGCCGCCAUGCAAUUGAUCGUAGCUGUGGCCAGUUAGAAGACAUAAGUAUCAAGUAUUUUGGUACCGAUGAUCUCCUCAAAUACAUAAUUGACUCGGGAUGUCAUAAAUUGCGACGUCUGCGACUUAUUCAAUGCUUGAAUCAAAUUUCAGACAAAGGAUUAUGUAAGAUGGCUGAAAAGCUUCCGUUAUUGGAGGAACUUGAUAUUACCCUUUGUCUCAAUGUAUCUAGUAUUGCUUUAGAGGCAAUUGGCCGAGGUUGUCCUCUUCUAAAAUCAUUGAAGUUUAACUACAAUCGUAACAAUAAUGGGGAAGAAUUUGUUAUUGCGAAAAAUAUGUCCAACUUGCGCCAUCUCCAACUUGUUCCAACCAACUUCAAUAAUAGUGGCUCGAGAGCCAUUCUUGAUGGUUGUCCUCAUCUUGAAUCUCUGGAUUUACACGAAUCUGACAUAGUCGAGGUGGAGGGGAUAUUGAAGACAAGAAGUGAUGCACAAUUAGUGACACCAAUUCCAAAACCUACUUCAAAAUUUACAUCCAACUCAAACUCUAUUCUUUCUACUUUAUUAUUCUUAUUCUUAUUAUUAUUCUUAUUAUUAUUAGGUGAAAACUCAGGUGAAUUCGACUUCACAUGAAGUUGAUACUUUAGAGCCGUUAGAUGAAAAUUUAGUCAAAUCAGUCAGAUCAUCUAACGACUCUCAGGUAUAACUUUACGUGAAGUCGACUGCACCUGAAUUUCCACCUUGAUUGUUUUUUAUUCAAGUUUUAAGUUUCUGUAAAAUAUAGGUUUAAUCAAGUCUAUAUUCUUAUUUGACUUCUGAUUGUGGACUUAAUAAGAUUUAGUUGUUUUAGACCUCUAUUACAAUAGUAUUAGUGAUUUUUAUUUUUCAGCACCUCUAAGUUGAGACAUAGCCACUC